UUGUUGCUUUUGCCCAGCGCCUCUUUCAUUCAUAGAAAACGGUCAGCAAAGCAAAGCGAGGCGACAGCAACAACAAACGGCAGGUAGAGCAGAAAUAUCAGCGCGAUUUCUUUUCGUUUCGCCCAAAAGAGCAGCCAAAAAAUCAACAAAAUACGAAACACAAAGCCAAAUCAAAAGAAAUCAAAUUUCAAAUUCGUGCGGCCACCAGCAAAUAUCGAAAUAAAGAAAUUAUCUAAAUCAUCAUCAGCAGCAGCAACACAGAAAUCGAAAAUCGCCUCGCUGUGUGUGUGUGAUUAACUAGCAAAAUAAAUUAGCUACAACAUGCGUUUUGAGCCUCUGGGCCAGAAAAUGUUCACCCGCCGCAAUUGGUUGCUGCGCUGCAGCAUCCUAAUCAAUGUGGCGGUGAUCCUGUACAUCGGCAGCCAGUUGAUGAUCGGCGGCGGCAACAACUUCUCGAAUGGCGGCGGCUUCCUGCUGCAGGAGCAGCAACAGGUGUCGAUGCUGCAAGUGGGCUCCGCCUCAUCAGCGGCCCAGGUGCAGCAGCAACAGCAGCCCACUCCCAAGAACCAAAACCAGGUGGUCGAGAUCUUCGAGUCCGAGGAGAAGCAGCUGGUCAAUGCCAACGCAGAUCCUCCAGCAGCAGCGGCUCAGGUGGCUGAUGGCGCUGCUGGAGCCCCGCAGUUGGCGAAUGAUAGUGGUGCCGGAGCGCCUGCUCUGGGCGAUCCCUCCCAGGUGAUAGGAAACAUUGGAGCCGGCGGUGUCGCCGAGGUGAACAACAGCCAGUCGGACGGUGGCUACAUAGUCACAGGCGACGAGAAGGAGCUGGAGGAGCGUGUGCGAUCGCUGAUCAACUGCUUCGACCACGACUACCACCAACAGACCCUGCAGCGCGGCGACUUCUGGGUGCUGCAGAACUACGUGCGGGCGGAGCAUGGCGACAUCAAGUGCCACGAGUCGAUCACCUACACCACGCAUGCGGACUACACGUUCCUGGACAACCUGGUGCCGCUGUUGGAGCGCUGGAACGCCCCGGUGAGCAUUGCCAUGCACGCGCCUGGCACGGACUUCCAGCCCACUCUAGACUCGAUCCGGUAUCUGCGGGAGUGUCUGCCCGGCAGUCACCUGGUGCGUGCCUAUACCACCUUCCACAUCUACUUCGGCACCAAGCACAUUCCCAAGUCUGUGCCCAAGCCCCACGAGGUCUUUAAAACGGGAUACAACUGCACUCUCCCACCUCCGUACUUUAACGUCAGCUCUGGUCACCUGUACAAGGCGCAGAAGAAGCUGCUGUAUCCGGUGAACGUUGGUCGUAACAUUGCCCGCGAUUCGGCACUCACCCACUUUAUUUUGGCUUCGGACAUCGAGCUGUAUCCGAAUCCGGGUCUGGUCAAGAAGUUCCUCGAGAUGAUUGCUCGCAACGAGCAGUACUUGAGACGCAAAGCACCCAGAGUAUUUCCAUUGGCCAUCUUCGAGGUGGAGGAGAACUCCCCAGUGCCACACGACAAGACAGAGCUACAGGAGUUCCUUCGCACGGGCAAAGCCAUACCAUUCCACAAACGGGUGUGCGCCAGUUGCCACGGAGUGCCCAAGUCCAAGGAGUGGAUGUCCGCCAACGAGACGGAUGAACUAAGUGUGUUUCACAUAGGAAAACGAACGGGUUACUAUGUGCACUGGGAGCCCAUUUAUAUUGGAACUCAUGCCGAUCCCCAUUACGAUGAACGGCUCAGCUGGGAGGGUAAAAGCGACAAGAUGCCCCAGGGCUAUGCGCUUUGCGUAAUGGAUUACGAGUUCCACAUACUGGACAACGCAUUUCUGGUGCACAAGCCGGGCAUCAAGGUGCUGAAAAAGGACAACCGACGGGCCAUGUUGUCCGGCAAAACGAACCAGCUGAUACGGAAGAUCAUCUAUCCGGAACUCAAAAUAAUGUAUGGCAUGCGCAAGGGAUGUGCGAUAUAGUAACUAAUCCUAAAGCCAAGCUGAGGUCAGUCCCGAUUGAACGGGAAGGAGGAAAAGGCGAAAAGACUACAACCAACUUCACUAUUACUAUUUGCAAUGCUAUAGAUCGGUUGUGUUGACUACCGACCCAUUCCCUCUAUAGCAUUGGAUGCGCACUUCAAGUGCGUGUUUUACAAUUAGCUAGAGACUUAGCCCUAGAACUAUAGAGCAUUAUGUAGUUAGGCUUAGCUAUAGGUCGGGACGUGUAACGCCAUGGGGGCCUAUUGGGUUUUACCGCGUUCUGGGUAUUCUUUUUCUACUCUGCAAAGCCUUGAGAGCAUGGCUUACAUAGACUUAACGUAGUUAAAAGUGGCUUUUAGGUAUUCCAUUUAGCUGGCCAUUCUUAAGUUGGAAAUAGCCGCCAAGUAAGCAGACGGCCCGUUUGAUAGAGCGUGCUUAAGAAUACACGCCCACAAUUGAUUCACUUCCAAGAAAUUUCUGUAAAUAAUAACACACUUGGACCUUUCAUUUCUCCUGUUCUCUGGACAUAAGCGGUCAGAGAUCUGGGUUAUGGGGUGUCCACCACUCAUAGGCAGUCAUUAUCAGUUACUUUUAGUCUAGGCCAUAAACAUAAGUCUAACGUUAUUUAGUUGAAUUUUCCAUAUACAUUCAUUAACGAGUUAAAGAUAGUUUUAUUGGAUUGAUUUUCUUUUCGAAAUACUCAAAAAGAGAAAUUGAGAGCAACAUUAUAUUCGUAUACCGGGGCGAGAUUCCUAGACAUCAGCAAAACAAACAGUCUUACCACUUUUUUGUGUUUCUAUAUUUCCGCAGUAAAGGCAUAGAUUAAACAAUGUUUUUUGGGCAAUGUAGACUUACUGCAAAGACCAAAACGUAGAUUAGACCGAUACCGGGCCAAAACAAUUCCAACGUUAAAUAUUUGACUUGAUUAGCAGAGUAGGAAUCAUUGAAUUGAAACGUAUUAAAUAGACUUUGAGAGUUAAAGCGUAAUAGUAAUAAUGAUGAAGACAAGUUUCAAAACAAAAAAAAAAACAAAACACAAUUACUAUUAAAAAUUUAUACAAGAAACACACACAUUGAGAAUUGAUUUGUUUACUUACCGCACUGAAUGGUAGGCAGAGCAAUUAAUGCGAUUGAAGAUUACAUUUCAAUAAGCAUAAAUGCGAACCGUGAUAUUUGUACUAGUAAAGCGAUUUGGAGAUGUUAAACCUAUUUGAUAAGAAAUGAGGGAGCGACGAUCAAAAGGAAAGAUCAGAGACCCAUAUGCAUUAAACUUAAUCUAAAUUUAGUUUUGUAUAUGUUUUUAAUUAGUGUUGAACAUUAAGUCAAACUUGUGCACAUAUAAAUGUUUAAAAAAACAUGGCGAAAUCGAGUCCGCGAUUAGAUUUCGAGUGAAAUGCUGAAGGUUUUUGUUGCGUAGGCCUUAACACAAUAAAGAAAUGUAAUUGUAACUAAGCUGUCGGAUUUAGAGUUUAAAAAAGAUUAGUACUUAGCUGAAAAACAGCAAAUUUUACGUAUGUUGUUGAAAAUUGAAUGAAGUACGUUUUGGAAGUCACUUGGGAACAACAUACAACAAUUGGUGUUUGUAUAAGUACAUAAGCCUUGAUUCCGCUGAUAUCAUGUUUGCAAAUCAAGUCUUCGCUCAAAAAUUGAUUUAAUUGCAUAUUUUCCAUUCGUAAAACUAAAAUAUCACUAAACAUAAUGAAAAUGUUGAAAAUGUAGCUAAGAGCAGAAUUAAAAUAUAAUUAGAAUACAACAAUUUGAAUUAAAGAAUAUAUUUGUAUGAUGUAAAGAAAAGUGUAAAAGUGCCUUAGACAAAACGAUGAACAUAAAUUAUUUGUAAGUCCAUUAAUCAAGCAGCUGAAUAAUAUUUAGUUUGCAAUUAAAUUGGCAACGCUGUGUGUUCAUGCAUACAGCAUAUUUUUGUAUGUAUAUAAAUAAAACCGAACGGCAAUGUAUUAAACUAUAAUGUUUACUAUA